AUGGCGAACAUCGCGCAGCUUCCACCGGAAUUAUUUUGCCCAGUGCUUGACCUUGCCUUCGAGAAUCAAAGUGACAUUCAAUUGUUCUGCAGUCUCUCUCUUCUUAGUCGCCAGUGGUACGAGGCCCUAGUUCCUCGUAUAUAUGCUGAAUGGGCAUAUAAUGGUGCGAGGCAGUCAUUCAGGUCUCUUUGGAAUUUCCUCAGAACUAUCCUCAACGAUUCCCGUCUAGCAGUCUUGGUUCACUCCUUACAUAUAGGUAACUGGGGUUACUAUCCACAUGCACGCUCAGGUGAGUGGGAAGAACUAAAUCUUCCACGGGAGGAGAUCACCCUUAUCCGCGAAGCUAUCAAUAGGGUUGGAAUCAAACACCUAGAAUCAAAUAUCAUCAAAGAUAUACGAAAGCGUGACCGUCGACCGCUGAUGGCGCUUCUUCUGACAUGUCUCCCCAACCUCACGAGAAUAUACGCGCACAUGCCGCAGUCCGACCCCGUUCUCAGCGCAGCUCUCAUGCAAAUAUUAGAUUGCCAGGGUGGCAACAAUCCAUCAACACUUCGUAGCAAGCUGAGCGAACUCUAUAUAUUUGGCGAAGUGGACAUUCCUACCCGUGACCUCGUGAAUUAUGACCUCCUUCCAAGAGCCGAUCAAACCCUAUUGCGCCUAGAUGACCUGUGGCCCGCAUUUCAUUUGACAGGUCUUCAGAAUCUCUCACUUUAUGGCCUAAAUAUAGCAAAUGCAGCGCGUCGACUUGGAGCCAGUCCUUCUAUGUCUCGGCUGAAACACUUAUCCAUAACCGGCGGCUUCAAUUCCAGCUUCACGUAUUCGGAUCUCCGGGCUCUGCUCACUUUACCGGAAGCAUUAACCAAAAAGCACCAGAACAGCCUUGAAUACCUCGGCAUUUAUCGUGAUGCAGAGCACACGAGGCUUUUCAUGAGUCAACGCUAUUUUGGUCUGCUCCGUCCAUUUUUAUGCCUGAAAAAGCUUUGUAUUCAAGCAGAAGUCUUACUUGGUAGCUUCUGGGACCAGCCGAAUGCCCCUUACCGCUUGAAAGACCGUUUGCCAUGUAAUCUCCAGUCUCUCACCCUCUAUGGCGGUAAAAAAUUCUUCCACAUUAGCAGUAUACGCGUGCACCUGCAAGAAGCACUGGACAGCGGGGUGUGCCGUCAAAACGGUGUUAACCUCUCAGUGGGACGAGGCUGUCGACAUGUAGCCCUUCCAAGAGAUUGUCAACUUCGGAAGGAAGGAAGCUGGCCGCAGCUCUUGCAAACGAUAUACCACAUGCGAAUGGAUGGCCAAAGACGAGCGGUAAUAUUUGCUUUCUUCCCCGAGGAAUGUCGAGAUCGUCGUGAGAUCCUGCUACCCCUAGACGACAGCAUGGACAGCUACAAGGAAGUCGCUGCAAAAGAAGAAGGCCUGGAUCAAUGUGCCGGUGACUUGAAACUUCGUAUGUUGGACUUCUGGGUGCACAAUGGAGGCACAGCGUAUAUGGUCUUUCAAAACUUUGGACAUUCCUCGCUGCCACCGCUUUUUUCCUUUGCCAUCUAUUUUAUGCAUGCCCACGUGUCGCGCGAAAAGGUAGACCAUCGGGCUUUAUACCAUGCUCUUUGUGAUUCGUACAACAACUACGAUGUCCGAUUCGAUCUCUACUUCGUCCCCGGUCUAGGUGAAGAAGGUUGUAUAGCUCAUUACCGCCAGGAGCUACGCUUUCGUGGGGAUUAUAAGAAGCAACUCAAGGCAUAUAAGGAGAGUAGUCGUUACGACGUUUUGCCAGGGGUUGGAGCUCUACCCACUAUGGUACAUGACUAUUCUGAUACUUCUUUUUACCGAGGGUUGCUGUUUAUAUGUAAUGAACCAGAAUGGAAUGGCGAUCAGAAAACCUUGUGGUCUGUGCAAUUUGACCCUGUCCGACAGGCAGAAGAUGGUACAGGGUCAUCGGAUGAAGGAAAUGCCCGCCUUCGUUAUAUCCAGAGACAUCCAAUUAAUGACAGCAGCCGCUGGUAUGAGGGUUAUGAUGGCGAAUGCCCGGUUGACCGAUGGAUAUCCGAUAUAGCAUGCUGGCAUAGGGAAGAGUUGAGGGGACCCUGGCUGAAAGCAACACGAAGAAGCUGGCAGAGCUGGCGGUAG